GUUUCAUAUGAAUAGUAACGUGUAGAUAAUUUUGAAAGUGCUCAGUCAAUAAAAGAUUGUGCAAUUUAAACUGAUACUAGUGGCAAGUGACAAUUACCAGUGAUAUGAAUUCGAUUUUCGUUUUUGGAAUUAUUUCAACUAUAGUUGUAUUGAAGCACGUUAAAGUGAUUGCAGGAGGUGGAUUUUCUGCAAAUCAAUAUUUCACUUUUCCUGGACAAAGUCCCCAGCCGGCCCCACCAACAAAUCAAAAUCCUCCCCCAUCAAAUCAAAAUCUUGGACCAUUAGCACGACAAUUAAUCAGUGGCACAGUACCACCAACUGGAUCCGGUUCAGGCAUCACAUGUAUAUGUGUGCCAAUAGGAUCUUGUGCUACUCCAACAGAUGGAAGUGGACAAAUAGAUAUUAGAAUUGUGAAUACUCCCGGUGCUACUUCUGCCCCUAUACUCGCAUGUGCUGCUGGAUUAGUGAUUUGCUGUUCCACAACUCCCUAUCAAUGCGGCGUGAGGUAUCCUCCCAUACAAGGAGCUCCCACCCCAGUACCACCUCAGGCAGCUUAUGGAGAAUAUCCUUGGCAAGCUGUUUUAUUGACGACAACUGAUGUUUACCUUGGAUCAGGAGCUCUUAUAAGUUCUAGACAUGUUCUAACAGCAGCGCAUAAAAUCGCUAAUCUUCCAAUUAAUACAUAUAAGGUGCGCCUAGGCGAGUGGAAUUCAGCUUCUACAAGCGAACCUAUUCCAGCGCAGGAAUACCUUGUCGCUGCUGCAACUAUUAAUCCCGGAUUCAAUGGUGCAAAUCUUCAAAACGAUGUUGCUGUUAUUACCUUAGCAACGCCUGUUACACUGGGACUCACCCCUACGAUAGCAACUGUAUGUUUACCAACAGCGUCUUACACUGGACAGCGUUGUUAUGUAUCGGGUUGGGGCAAAAAUGAUUUUGGAGCUGUUGGACAAUAUCAAGCCAUUCAGAAGGAGGUCGAUGUUCCGAUUAGGAGCACGGCCGAUUGCCAGAGCUCUUUAUCAGCUACUCGAUUGGGGCCUAACUUCGUUUUCAACCCAGUAAGCUUUAUUUGUGCUGGUGGAGAACCUGGAAAAGAUGCUUGCACGGGAGACGGCGGAUCACCUCUAGUCUGCCAAGUGGCAAAUCGUUGGUACCUAGCUGGACUAGUAGCUUGGGGUAUUGGGUGUGCACAACCGGGUGUCCCUGGUGUAUAUGUCAAUGUAGCAUCAUAUUUACCGUGGAUACAGACGAUUCUUAGCUCAUAAUAUUUACUUUUCUAAUAAUAAUUUUUACUGUAAGGAUUAAAAUAAGUUCGAUAGAAGUUUAGUCCUACUAAAGUGUAAUUUGUUUCUUCUUUUUCAAUAUUAUCGUAUUAAUAAAUUUUUUGUUAUUUUUUGAAAUAAUCACGAGCUAGAAAAAGGAUAUCCAGUGCUUUAUUUAGAUUCCAUAUUGCCGUGUUGCAUCUUCGAUCAUUAUUAUUAUACUUCACACAAUUGUUUGCUCCCUCACUGAUUCAUAUACGUUGACCAAGUAACUCUGACUAAUAAAUAGUAACAAAAUAAAGGCAA